AUGGCGUCGUCCGCCGUGCCCCGUCACGCUGCAGGCGCGCGGACUUUGGCCGGGAGCGUCAAGAUGGCGGCGGUAGCGCUGGGCGCAGCAGGCGCUGCAAUUAACGGCGGAAUCUCCGCUGUCGUUAACGCUAGCAGCCGCGCGGGGGACUCGGCAGGGUCGGGGGGAGCGGGGGGGCAGGCGUCGAGCCCCAAGGGCAUCUCCCGCGGUGCUGGCAGUCCGCGCGCGUCUGGCGGACUGUUUCCCCGACAUGCGUGCAUGCGGGAAGAUUGCAUACGUGUGUGCGGGAAGAUUGCAUACGUGCGUGCGUGCAUGGAUUGCAUUGCAAGUAGAAAGGUUGGUUCUCUGCCUUCCCCGCCUCACGCGUGCGCUUCACUCACCACAUCCUUCCCCCCGUCCGCACAUCCUUCCCCCCGUCCGCUCUCCCCAUUUCCCCCUCUUCUCCUUCCCCCCGUCCGCUCUCCCCAUUUCCCCCUCUUCUCCUUCCCCCCGUCCGCUCUCCCCAUUUCCCCCUCUUCUCCUUCCCCCCGUCCGCUCUCCCCAUUUCCCCCUCUUCUCCUUCCCCCCGUCCGCUCUCCCCAUUUCCCCCUCUUCUCCUUCCCACCGUCCGCUCUCCCCAUUUCCCCCUCUUCUCCUUCCCCCCGUCCGCUCUCCCCAUUUCCCCCUCUUCUCCUUCCCCCCGUCCGCUCUCCCCAUUUCCCCCUCUUCUCCUUCCCCCCGUCCGCUCUCCCCAUUUCCCCCUCUUCUCCUUCCCCCCGUCCGCUCUCCCCAUUUCCCCCUCUUCUCCUUCCCCCCGUCCGCUCUCCCCAUUUCCCCCUCUUCUCCUUCCCCCCGUCCGCUCUCCCCAUUUCCCCCUCUUCUCCUUCCCCCCGUCCGCUCUCCCCACUUCCCCCUCUUCUCCUUACCCCCGUCCGCUCUCCCCACUUCCCCCUCUUCUCCUUCCCCCCGUCCGCUCUCCCAUUUCCCCCUCUUCUCCUUCCCCCCGUCCGCUCUCCCCAUUUCCCCCUCUUCUCCUUCCCCCCGUCCGCUCUCCCCAUUUCCCCCUCUUCUCCUUCCCCCCGUCCGCUCUCCCCACUUCCCCCUCUUCUCCAGGUGCAACCCACCUCCCGACUCUCCAGGUGCAACCCACCUCCCGACUCUCCAGGUGCAACCCACCUCCCGACUCUCCAGGUGCAACCCACCUCCCGACUCUCCAGGUGCAACCCACCUCCCGACUCUCCAGGUGCAACCCACCUCCCGACUCUCCAGGUGCAACCCACCUCCCGACUCUCCAGGUGCAACCCACCUCCCGACUCUCCAGGUGCAACCCACCUCCCGACUCUCCAGGUGCAACCCACCUCCCGACUCUCCAGGUGCAACCCACCUCCCGACUCUCCAGGUGCAACCCACCUCCCGACUCUCCAGGUGCAACCCACCUCCCGACUCUCCAGGUGCAACCCACCUCCCGACUCUCCAGGUGCAACCCACCUCCCGACUCUCCAGGUGCAACCCACCUCCCGACUCUCCAGGUGCAACCCACCUCCCGACUCUCCAGGUGCAACCCACCUCCCGACUCUCCAGGUGCAACCCACCUCCCGACUCUCCAGGUGCAACCCACCUCCCGACUCUCCAGGUGCAACCCACCUCCCGACUCUCCAGGUGCAACCCACCUCCCGACUCUCCAGGUGCAACCCACCUCCCGACUCUCCAGGUGCAACCCACCUCCCGACUCUCCAGGUGCAACCCACCUCCCGACUCUCCAGGUGCAACCCACCUCCCGACUCUCCAGGUGCAACCCACCUCCCGACUCUCCAGGUGCAACCCACCUCCCGACUCUCCAGGUGCAACCCACCUCCCGACUCUCCAGGUGCAACCCACCUCCCGACUCUCCAGGUGCAACCCACCUCCCGACUCUCCAGGUGCAACCCACCUCCCGACUCUCCAGGUGCAACCCACCUCCCGACUCUCCAGGUGCAACCCACCUCCCGACUCUCCAGGUGCAACCCACCUCCCGACUCUCCAGGUGCAACCCACCUCCCGACUCUCCAGGUGCAACCCACCUCCCGACUCUCCAGGUGCAACCCACCUCCCGACUCUCCAGGUGCAACCCACCUCCCGACUCUCCAGGUGCAACCCACCUCCCGACUCUCCAGGUGCAACCCACCUCCCGACUCUCCAGGUGCAACCCACCUCCCGACUCUCCAGGUGCAACCCACCUCCCGACUCUCCAGGUGCAACCCACCUCCCGACUCUCCAGGUGCAACCCACCUCCCGACUCUCCAGGUGCAACCCACCUCCCGACUCUCCAGGUGCAACCCACCUCCCGACUCUCCAGGUGCAACCCACCUCCCGACUCUCCAGGUGCAACCCACCUCCCGACUCUCCAGGUGCAACCCACCUCCCGACUCUCCAGGUGCAACCCACCUCCCGACUCUCCAGGUGCAACCCACCUCCCGACUCUCCAGGUGCAACCCACCUCCCGACUCUCCAGGUGCAACCCACCUCCCGACUCUCCAGGUGCAACCCACCUCCCGACUCUCCAGGUGCAACCCACCUCCCGACUCUCCAGGUGCAACCCACCUCCCGACUCUCCAGGUGCAACCCACCUCCCGACUCUCCAGGUGCAACCCACCUCCCGACUCUCCAGGUGCAACCCACCUCCCGACUCUCCAGGUGCAACCCACCUCCCGACUCUCCAGGUGCAACCCACCUCCCGACUCUCCAGGUGCAACCCACCUCCCGACUCUCCAGGUGCAACCCACCUCCCGACUCUCCAGGUGCAACCCACCUCCCGACUCUCCAGGUGCAACCCACCUCCCGACUCUCCAGGUGCAACCCACCUCCCGACUCUCCAGGUGCAACCCACCUCCCGACUCUCCAGGUGCAACCCACCUCCCGACUCUCCAGGUGCAACCCACCUCCCGACUCUCCAGGUGCAACCCACCUCCCGACUCUCCAGGUGCAACCCACCUCCCGACUCUCCAGGUGCAACCCACCUCCCGACUCUCCAGGUGCAACCCACCUCCCGACUCUCCAGGUGCAACCCACCUCCCGUCUCUCCAGGUGCAACCCACCUCCCGACUCUCCAGGUGCAACCCACCUCCCGACUCUCCAGGUGCAACCCACCUCCCGACUCUCCAGGUGCAACCCACCUCCCGACUCUCCAGGUGCAAACCCACCUCCCGACUCUCCAGGUGCAACCCACCUCCCGACUCUCCAGGUGCAACCCACCUCCCGACUCUCCAGGUGCAACCCACCUCCCGACUCUCCAGGUGCAACCCACCUCCCGUCUCUCCAGGUGCAACCCACCUCCCGACUCUCCAGGUGCAACCCACCUCCCGACUCUCCAGGUGCAACCCACCUCCCGACUCUCCAGGUGCAACCCACCUCCCGUCUCUCCCUGCCCCACCUCCCGUCUCUCCCUGCCCCACCUCCCGUCUCUCCCUGCCCCACCCACCUCCCGUCUCUCCCUGCCCCACCUCCCGUCUCUCCCUGCCCCACCUCCCGUCUCUCCCUGCCCCACCUCCCGUCUCUCCCUGCCCCACCUCCCGUCUCUCCCUGCCCCACCUCCCGUCUCUCCCUGCCCCACCUCCCGUCUCUCCCUGCCCCACCUCCCGUCUCUCCCUGCCCCACCUCCCGUCUCUCCCUGCCCCACCUCCCGUCUCUCCCUGCCCCACCUCCCGUCUCUCCCUGCCCCACCUCCCGUCUCUCCCUGCCCCACCUCCCGUCUCUCCCUGCCCCACCUCCCGUCUCUCCCUGCCCCACCUCCCGUCUCUCCCUGCCCCACCUCCCGUCUCUCCCUGCCCCACCUCCCGUCUCUCCCUGCCCCACCUCCCGUCUCUCCCUGCCCCACCUCCCCUCUCUCCCUGCCCCACCUCCCGUCUCUCCCUGCCCCACCUCCCGUCUCUCCCUGCCCCACCUCCCGUCUCUCCCUGCCCACCUCCCGUCUCUCCCUGCCCCACCUCCCGUCUCUCCCUGCCCCACCUCCCGUCUCUCCCUGCCCCACCUCCCGUCUCUCCCUGCCCCACCUCCCGUCUCUCCCUGCCCCACCUCCCGUCUCUCCCUGCCCCACCUCCCGUCUCUCCCUGCCCCACCUCCCGUCUCUCCCUGCCCCACCUCCCGUCUCUCCCUGCCCCACCUCCCGUCUCUCCCUGCCCCACCUCCCGUCUCUCCCUGCCCCACCUCCCGUCUCUCCCUGCCCCACCUCCCGUCUCUCCCUGCCCCACCUCCCGUCUCUCCCUGCCCCACCUCCCGUCUCUCCCUGCCCCACCUCCCGUCUCUCCCUGCCCCACCUCCCGUCUCUCCCUGCCCCACCUCCCGUCUCUCCCUGCCCCACCUCCCGUCUCUCCCUGCCCCACCUCCCGUCUCUCCCUGCCCCACCUCCCGUCUCUCCCUGCCCCACCUCCCGUCUCUCCCUGCCCACCUCCCGUCUCUCCCUGCCCCACCUCCCGUCUCUCCCUGCCCCACCUCCCGUCUCUCCCUGCCCCACCUCCCGUCUCUCCCUGCCCCACCUCCCGUCUCUCCCUGCCCCACCUCCCGUCUCUCCCUGCCCCACCUCCCGUCUCUCCCUGCCCCACCUCCCGUCUCUCCCUGCCCCACCUCCCGUCUCUCCCUGCCCCACCUCCCGUCUCUCCCUGCCCCACCUCCCGUCUCUCCCUGCCCCACCUCCCGUCUCUCCCUGCCCCACCUCCCGUCUCUCCCUGCCCCACCUCCCGUCUCUCCCUGCCCCACCUCCCGUCUCUCCCUGCCCCACCUCCCCUCUCUCCCUGCCCCACCUCCCGUCUCUCCCUGCCCCACCUCCCCUCUCUCCCUGCCCCACCUCCCGUCUCUCCCUGCCCCACCUCCCGUCUCUCCCUGCCCCACCUCCCUCUCUCCCUGCCCCACCUCCCGUCUCUCCCUGCCCCACCUCCCGUCUCUCCUGCCCCACCUCCCGUCUCUCCCUGCCCCACCUCCCGUCUCUCCCUGCCCCACCUCCCGUCUCUCCCUGCCCCACCUCCCGUCUCUCCCUGCCCCACCUCCCGUCUCUCCCUGCCCCACCUCCCGUCUCUCCCUGCCCCACCUCCCGUCUCUCCCUGCCCCACCUCCCGUCUCUCCCUGCCCCACCUCCCGUCUCUCCCUGCCCCACCUCCCGUCUCUCCCUGCCCCACCUCCCGUCUCUCCCUGCCCCACCUCCCGUCUCUCCCUGCCCCACCUCCCGUCUCUCCCUGCCCCACCUCCCGUCUCUCCCUGCCCCACCUCCCGUCUCUCCCUGCCCCACCUCCCGUCUCUCCCUGCCCCACCUCCCGUCUCUCCCUGCCCCACCUCCCGUCUCUCCCUGCCCCACCUCCCGUCUCUCCCUGCCCCACCUCCCGUCUCUCUCCUGCCCCACCUCCCCUCUCUCCCUGCCCCACCUCCCGUCUCUCCCUGCCCCACCUCCCCUCUCUCCCUGCCCCACCUCCCCUCUCUCCCUGCCCCACCUCCCGUCUCUCCCUGCCCCACCUCCCCUCUCUCCCUGCCCCACCUCCCCUCUCUCCCUGCCCCACCUCCCGUCUCUCCCUUCCCCACCUCCCGUCUCUCCCUGCCCCACCUCCCCUCUCUCCCUGCCCCACCUCCCGUCUCUCCCUGCCCCACCUCCCGUCUCUCCCUGCCCCACCUCCCGUCUCUCCCUGCCCCACCUCCCGUCUCUCCCUGCCCCACCUCCCCUCUCUCCCUGCCCCACCUCCCGUCUCUCCCUGCCCCACCUCCCCUCUCUCCCUGCCCCAACCUCCCCUCUCUCCCUGCCCCACCUCCCGUCUCUCCCUGCCCCACCUCCCCUCUCUCCCUGCCCCACCUCCCGUCUCUCCCUGCCCACCUCCCCUCUCUCCCUGCCCCACCUCCCGUCUCUCCCUGCCCCACCUCCCGUCUCUCCCUGCCCCACCUCCCGUCUCUCCCUGCCCCCACCUCCCCUCUCUCCCUGCCCCACCUCCCUCUCUCCCUCCUCUCCCUGCCCCACCACUCCCCUCUCUUCCCUGCCCCACCUCCCGUCUCUCCCUGCCCCACCUCCCGUCUCUCCCUGCCCCACCUCCCGUCUCUCCCUGCCCCACCUCCCGUCUCUCCCUGCCCCACCUCCCGUCUCUCCCUGCCCCACCUCCCGUCUCUCCCUGCCCCACCUCCCGUCUCUCCCUGCCCCACCUCCCGUCUCUCCCUGCCCCACCUCCCGUCUCUCCCUGCCCCACCUCCCGUCUCUCCCUGCCCCACCUCCCGUCUCUCCCUGCCCCACCUCCCGUCUCUCCCUGCCCCACCUCCCGUCUCUCCCUGCCCCACCUCCCGUCUCUCCCUGCCCCACCUCCCGUCUCUCCCUGCCCCACCUCCCGUCUCUCCCUGCCCACCUCCCGUCUCUCCCUGCCCCACCUCCCGUCUCUCCCUGCCCCACCUCCCGUCUCUCCCUGCCCCACCUCCCGUCUCUCCCUGCCCCACCUCCCGUCUCUCCCUGCCCCACCUCCCGUCUCUCCCUGCCCCACCUCCCGUCUCUCCCUGCCCCACCUCCCGUCUCUCCCUGCCCCACCUCCCGUCUCUCCCUGCCCCACCUCCCGUCUCUCCCUGCCCCACCUCCCGUCUCUCCCUGCCCCACCUCCCGUCUCUCCCUGCCCCACCUCCCGUCUCUCCCUGCCCCACCUCCCGUCUCUCCCUGCCCCACCUCCCGUCUCUCCCUGCCCCACCUCCCGUCUCUCCCUGCCCCACCUCCCGUCUCUCCCUGCCCCACCUCCCGUCUCUCCCUGCCCCACCUCCCGUCUCUCCCUGCCCCACCUCCCGUCUCUCCCUGCCCCACCUCCCGUCUCUCCCUGCCCCACCUCCCGUCUCUCCCUGCCCCACCUCCCGUCUCUCCCUGCCCCACCUCCCGUCUCUCCCUGCCCCACCUCCCGUCUCUCCCUGCCCCACCUCCCGUCUCUCCCUGCCCCACCUCCCGUCUCUCCCUGCCCCACCUCCCCUCUCUCCCUGCCCCACCUCCCGUCUCUCCCUGCCCCACCUCCCCUCUCUCCCUGCCCCACCUCCCGUCUCUCCCUGCCCCACCUCCCCUCUCUCCCUGCCCCACCUCCCGUCUCUCCCUGCCCCACCUCCCCUCUCUCCCUGCCCCACCUCCCUCUCUCCCUGCCCCACCUCCCGUCUCUCCCUGCCCCACCUCCCUCUCUCCCUGCCCCACCUCCCGUCUCUCCCUGCCCCACCUCCCCUCUCUCCCUGCCCCACCUCCCGUCUCUCCCUGCCCCACCUCCCCUCUCUCCCUGCCCCACCUCCCGUCUCUCCCUGCCCCACCUCCCCUCUCUCCCUGCCCCACCUCCCGUCUCUCCCUGCCCCACCUCCCCUCUCUCCCUGCCCCACCUCCCGUCUCUCCCUGCCCCACCUCCCCUCUCUCCCUGCCCCACCUCCCGUCUCUCCCUGCCCCACCUCCCCUCUCUCCCUGCCCCACCUCCCGUCUCUCCCUGCCCCACCUCCCUCUCUCCUGCCCCACCUCCCGUCUCUCCCUGCCCCACCUCCCCUCUCUCCCUGCCCACCUCCCGUCUCUCCCUGCCCCACCUCCCGUCUCUCCCUGCCCCACCUCCCCUCUCUCCCUGCCCCACCUCCCGUCUCUCCCUGCCCCACCUCCCCUCUCUCCCUGCCCCACCUCCCGUCUCUCCCUGCCCCACCUCCCCUCUCUCCCUGCCCCACCUCCCGUCUCUCCCUGCCCCACCUCCCCUCUCUCCCUGCCCCACCUCCCGUCUCUCCCUGCCCCACCUCCCCUCUCUCCCUGCCCCACCUCCCGUCUCUCCCUGCCCCACCUCCCGUCUCUCCCUGCCCCACCUCCCCUCUCUCCCUGCCCCACUCCCGUCUCUCCCUGCCCCACCUCCCUCUCUCCCUGCCCCACCUCCCGUCUCUCCCUGCCCCACCUCCCCUCUCUCCCUGCCCCACCUCCCGUCUCUCCCUGCCCCACCUCCCCCUCUCUCCCUGCCCCACCUCCCGUCUCUCCCUGCCCCACCUCCCCUCUCUCCCUGCCCCACCUCCCGUCUCUCCCUGCCCCACCUCCCCUCUCUCCCUGCCCCACCUCCCGUCUCUCCCUGCCCCCACCUCCCCUCUCUCCCUGCCCCACCUCCCGUCUCUCCCUGCCCCACCUCCCCGUCUCUCCCUGCCCCACCUCCCCUCUCUCCCUGCCCCACCUCCCGUCUCUCCCUGCCCCACCUCCCCUCUCUCCCUGCCCCACCUCCCUCUCUCCCUGCCCCACCUCCCCUCUCUCCCUGCCCCACCUCCCCUCUCUCCCUGCCCCACCUCCCGUCUCUCCCUGCCCCACCUCCCCUCUCUCCCUGCCCCACCUCCCGUCUCUCCCUGCCCCACCUCCCCUCUCUCCCUGCCCCACCUCCCGUCUCUCCCUGCCCCACCUCCCCUCUCUCCCUGCCCCACCUCCCGUCUCUCCCUGCCCCACCUCCCCUCUCUCCCUGCCCCACCUCCCGUCUCUCCCUGCCCCACCUCCCCUCUCUCCCUGCCCCACCUCCCCUCUCUCCCUGCCCCACCUCCCGUCUCUCCCUGCCCCACCUCCCCUCUCUCCCUGCCCCACCUCCCCUCUCUCCCUGCCCCACCUCCCCUCUCUCCCUGCCCCACCUCCCCUCUCUCCCUGCCCCACCUCCCGUCUCUCCCUGCCCCACCUCCCCUCUCUCCCUGCCCCACCUCCCGUCUCUCCCUGCCCCACCUCCCCCUCUCUCCCUGCCCCACCUCCCGUCUCUCCCUGCCCCACCUCCCCUCUCUCCCUGCCCCACCUCCCGUCUCUCCCUGCCCCACCUCCCCUCUCUCCCUGUCCCACCUCCCCUCUCUCCCUGCCCCACCUCCCGUCUCUCCCUGCCCCACCUCCCCUCUCUCCCUGCCCCACCUCCCCUCUCUCCCUGCCCCAUGUCCUAUCCCAUGCCCUGCCUCGUGCCUCCCUACCCCAUGUAUUCCUCCUCGCCUCAUGCCCUUUCUACCUUAGAACCCGCCCUGCACCAUCGCCCGCCCUGCCCCGUCGCCCUCCCUGCCCCGUGGCCCUCCCUGCACUGUCGCCCUGCCUGCCCCCUGUACCUGAUGUGGUUACCGGAGCUGGGGCCCAUGCGGUUACCACAGGACGACUUCGUGGGCAGCAAGUCGACCAAGGUGAGACUGAAUGUUCACGUUGCGGCUGCUGGAGCAGAGCAGGAGAGAGCUGAAGGGGCAGGGCAGGUGGCAGAGGGGCAAAAGAAGAUGGGGAUAGAUAUGCUGCAGACGAAGGAGCAGCUGCAACAACCAUCCCUUGCCCCCUUUCCCCCCUUCUGCGGCCAACUCCCUCCCAUCCAAUUCUCCUUCCCACUUCUGGAGCAGAGCGGGAGGGAGUUGAAGGGGCAGGUGGGUGACGGGCUGGCUGGAGGAAAUGGGGCUAGAGAUGCUGCAGACGAAUGCUUGUCGCAUUGUGCUGCAGAAGCUGUUGGAGCAGAGCAGGAGAGAGCUGAAGGGGCAGGUGGCGGAGGGGGUGGAGAAGAUGGGGUUGGAGAUGCUGCCGUGCGGGCGAAGCAGGACAGCGCACGGGCUGCGUUUGCUGGAGCAGAGCAGGCGAGAGCUGAAGGGGCAGGUGGCACAGAAUUUGGAGAAGAUGGGGAUAGAGAUGCUGCAGACGAAGCAGGAGAUGCAGCAAGCAACCUACCCCCUGCUCAUCCCCCUCCUGUGCUUGUUAUGUCCUUUACUUUUCUCCUCCUCCCCACAGAGCUGCUGGAGCAGAGCAGGAAAGAGCUGAAGGGGCAGGUGGCAGAGGAUUUGGAGAAGAUGGGGUUGGAGAUGCUGCAGACGAAGCAGGACAGCGCACGGGCAGCUGCUGAUGUGGCGGACUGGUGGCAGCACGAGCAGGGCAGGCUGAAAGCCAUGAGCCAGGACGUCGGGCAGCUGAAAGACAUUGUCGGGCAGCACGCAAGGAAGCUGGAGGCGCAAGUGCGAGCGGUGCAGGAAGCUUCUGGAAGCAACGAGGAGCAGCAGGGGGUUGGCAAGGAUGGAAUUCCUUCAAGUGAAGGGGGGGAUAAGGAGGGCGACGGGGAUGGGGAGUCGGCACGGCCGGAGCAGUGGCAGAAAGGGCGGCAUGAGGCGUUGAUGCACUUCUGGGUGGCGGAUGAUCAGCCGUCACUGUGGAAGCAACGGUCCUUCCAGCGCCACGGCUCGUUCGGCUUCAUCAAGUUCAGCGCCUACCGCGUGAAUGCGUCCACAGUGGCAGUGCUGGGCCUGGCGUCCCUCCCCAUGCACCACGGCCGCCGCUUCACCUCCUGCCGCUGGCAUGCUUCCGCCCCGGCUGCUGCUGCCAAUGGGGGAGUUGGCACUGCUGGUGGGGGCGUGACUCAAGGCAAGCUGGUGCCGCCUUAUGUGGAGGAGCAUCACGACUACCUGUACGAGGCAGUGGUGCUGCUGUGUGUGCUGGACGCCCCUUCUCAAGCGUCAGGGGGCGUGUUGGAGGCGGAGAUCGACGGGGAGGUGCUCUUCCCCUUCGUGGAGCAGCCGGGGCAGGCUCUAUCAACGCACGACUGCCUGUACGGGAAUCGUCACGGGGCGCGGUGGCUGCUCUUUGCUGACCUGGACGAGUUUGUCGAGGUGCUGCCGCCCGCCACGCUCCAGCAGCUGCUACAGGACAACGCCGGCCGCCCGUGGAUCACGUUCGGGUGCACGGUGUUCAACAGCUCGUUCUGCCGCCCGCAGGAGCCGUGGAACGGCGGCGCCACUAGGAGAAGAAGGAGGCUGUUGCUACAGGGGGAGGGGCAACAGGGGGAGGGGCAACAGGGAGAGGGGCAACAGGGGGAGGGGGAACAAGAAGGUGGGCUUUUGAGGCGCUUCAGAAGGCACCCAGAGGAGCCGUGGAAUGGCGGCACGACAAGGCGAAGAAUGAAGAGGAUGUUGCUACAGGGGGAGGGGCAACAGGGAGAGAGGGAACAACAAGGCGGGCUUUUGAGGCGCUUCAAAAGUCACCCAGAGGAGGGGAAGGGGGAGGUGGAGGAGAAUGGCGGCACGGCAAGGAGAAGAAUGAAGAGGAGGUUGCUGCAGGGGGAGGGGGAACAGGGAGGGGAAGGGGGAGGUGGAGGAGGAGGAGGGGGGGAUUGGGGCUCUGGUGGUGACGUGGCGCCAUCAAGGCCGUUCAUAGUGGAGGGGGUGCGGUCCCAGUGGCCGCACGCCUACUGCAUGAACACAUCCCUCUACCCGGACCACCUGUGCCUCGACCAGUUCGGCCACCGCAAGUACAUCCUCAACCCGCGCCGCGUCUCCCUCGCUCAGGUCAGUCAGUGCAGUCCACCUUACUCCUCCCCCCCCCCCCCGCCAAGUUCAUUUCCCACCCCUACUCACCCUCGCCCCAUGCCCCCCUCGUCCCAUGCCCCCCUCGCCCCAUGCCCCCCUCGUCCCCCCGUCUGCCGCGCCUCCCUCUCACAGAUCCAUAUCCACGUGAUCAUCGGCGGCGAUAUGGACGGCCUGGAUCUGCCGACGGACGUGGCGAGAUUCGCGCACUACAGGGGGCUGACAACACGCGGGUACCCCAUGUGCGACCUGGGUGCUCCCAGCCGCUGGUGGCGCUACCACGAUGGGGUGGCACGCAUGGCCCAGGCUGCCCGCUCCUGCCCUGCUCUUGUCACAGCCGUUCCUGAGGUGAGGCGUGCUUGA